AUGAAUGAGGAGAAUGAGUGGGAUCAGGAUGUGGAGGCUGAUCUGGUGGAAGGGCCAGUUGAAAGAGUGAGUCGAGAAGAAGUAGUGAAGGCAAUCAGAGACAUGAAAACUGGAAAGGCUGCUGGACCCUCGGAAGUGAGCGCGGAGAUGAUUUUUGCAAGUGGAGACAUAGGGAUUGGUGUGAUAAUGGAGUUAUGCCAGAGAGUUUUAGAUGGAAGAAGAAUGCCUGAGGAGUGGGAAGUGAGUGUGGUAGUACCAAUUUUUAAAGGAAAAGGGGAUGCAAAGAGUUGUGGCGCGUAUAGGGGCGUGAAACUAUUAGAGCAUGCAAUGAAAAUUGUGGAGAGGGUGAUAGUGAAUAGAAUCCGGAAAUUAGUGGAAGUGGAUGAGAUGCAGUUUGGUUUUAUGCCAGGGAAAGGAACAAUUGAUGCAGUGUUUAUUCUGAGGAGGAUGCAAGAGGAAUAUCGUGCAAAAGGGAAGAAACUGUAUGUGUUUUGUGGAUUUAGAGAAGGCCUUUGA